GGCUCCAAACGGAAGUGAAUUGGCCCCGAGGCUGGUGACCCCGGAAAUACUAAGUUGCCGUGCCCACGCCGGAGUGGACGUGUAGAGGCCGGGUUUGGCCCUCGUAAACUCUGACCCAAGUGCAUAGUUUUCUCUUUCCGGGACGAGAUGGCGCCGUCCACGCCGCUUCUAACAGUCCGAGGAUCAGAAGGACUGUACAUGGUGAAUGGACCACCACAUUUUACAGAGAGUACAGUGCUUCCAAGGGAAUCUGGGAAAAAUUGCAAAGUCUAUACCUUUAGUAAGGAUGGGACCUUGUUUGCCUGGGGCAACGGAGAGAAAAUAAAUAUUAUCAGUGUCACUAACAAGGGACUACUGCACUCCUUCGAUCUCCCUAAGACAGUUUGCCUUGAAUUCUCACCAAAAAACACUGUCCUGGCAACGUGGCAACCUUACACUACUUCUAAAGAUGGCACAGCUGGAGUUCCCAACCUACAACUUUAUGAUGUGAAAACUGGGACAUGUUUGAAGGCUUUCAUCCAGAAAAAGAUGCAAAAUUGGUGUCCAUCCUGGUCAGAAGAUGAAACUAUUUGUGCCCGAAAUGUUAACAAUGAAGUUCAUUUCUUUGAAAAUAACAAUUUCAAUACAACUGCAAAUAAAUUGCAUUUGCAAAAAAUUAAUGAUUUUGUGUUAUCACCUGGACCCCAACCAUACAAGGUGGCUGUUUACGUUCCAGGAAGUAAGGGUGCACCUUCAUUUGUUCGAUUAUAUAAGUACCCCAACUUUGAUGGACCUCAUGCAGCUUUAGCCAAUAAAAGUUUCUUUAAGGCAGAUAAGGUUACAAUGCUAUGGAAUAAAAAAGCUACUGCUGUGUUAGUAAUAGCUAGUACAGAUGUUGACAAGACAGGAGCUUCCUACUACGGUGAACAAACGCUGCACUAUAUUGCAACAAACGGAGAAAGUGCUGUGGUGCAAUUACCAAAAAGUGGCCCCAUCUAUGAUGUAAUUUGGAAUUCGAAUUCUACUGAGUUUUGUGCUGUUUAUGGUUUUAUGCCUGCCAAAGCAACAAUUUUCAACUUGAAGUGUGAUCCUGUGUUUGACUUUGGAACUGGUCCUCGUAACGCAGCCUACUAUAGUCCUCAUGGGCAUAUAUUAGUACUGGCUGGAUUUGGAAAUCUGAGGGGACAGAUGGAAGUAUGGGAUGUUAAAAACUACAAACUUAUUUCUAAACCAGUGGCCUCUGAUUCUACAUAUUUUGCUUGGUGCCCAGAUGGUGAGCAUAUUUUAACAGCUACAUGUGCUCCCAGGUUACGUGUUAAUAAUGGGUACAAGAUUUGGCAUUACACUGGCUCAAUCUUGCACAAGUAUGAUGUGCCAUCAAAUGUGGAAUUAUGGCAGGUUUCUUGGCAGCCAUUUUUAGAUGGAAUAUUUCCAGCAAAAACAAUAACUUACCAAGCAGUUCCAAGUGACGUACCCAGUGAAGAACCUAAAACUGCAACAGCUUACAGACCCCCAGCUUUAAGAAAUAAACCAACUACCAAUUCCAAACUGCAUGAGGAGGAACCACCUCAGAAUAUGAAACCACAACCAGGAAAUGAUAAGCCAUUAUCAAAAACAGCCCUUAAAAAUCAAAGGAAACAUGAAGCUAAGAAAGCCGCAAAGCAGGAAGCAAGAAGUGACAAGAGUCUGGAUUUGUCACCUACACCUACAUCACAGAGCUCAGCUCAAAAUACGGUCUCUCAGCCAAUUUCUGGAGACCCUGACAUAGACAAAAAAAUCAAGAACCUAAAGAAGAAACUGAAAGCAAUCGAACAACUGAAAGAACAAGCAGCAACUGGAAAACAGCUAGAAAAAAAUCAGUUGGAGAAAAUUCAAAAAGAGAAAGCCCUUCUCCAGGAGCUGGAAGAUUUGGAAUUGGGUAUUUAAAGAGUCACAGAAAGCAAGUUGGUUACCAGAAAUCAGUGGGAACUCAUCUUCUGUUAAGUUCAUUGGUGUAUACAGAACGUUCAUGUGCCCACAUUUAACAUUCAUCUCUAAUUUUAACCAUUUUCCAAAGUUCUGCGUAUGUGGGAAAUUAUUUAAUAAUGCCUAUUAAAAUUGAUUUUUGUGUCCUGCAUCUUAGAUCAUGUUAACAUAUGAAAUAAAAAGACACAUGACAUAUUGAAGUUUGACAUAUUGAAAGACAAAUGUCAUUGUUUUUUAGGAGGAGACAGUAUUUACCAUAUAAAUGAAUAAAGACAUUUUAAAUUUAAUCAAUUUUGGCUUUGUUAUAAGUUUUUCACUCAAGAAAUCCUUUAUUAAUUUAGAAGGCAAGUUUAGGAAAAUUGCCUUUGAAUAUAUAAUAUGGCUUUUUUGAUCCUAAAAUAUUACUGUAUUAAAACUUUAAAUAAAUCCUUAAAAACCAGGUUGUAGUAAAUGAGUUAAAGUAUUAAUAUUAUUUGUAUUAUCUGAAGUAAAGUUUUUCUUAGUUCUAAAGUAAAUAUAGACUUUAAAAAUAGAGUAAAAUAUUUUAUUCUGGUAUUUCAAAUAAUAAACCUAGAGAUGUGAGGAUGAGGUAAAUGUGUUCCAAACAUGGACUAUGAUUGUUUUGGUUAUAUUUUCAUAUGAUGACAAAAUGAUAUAAUGAUAAUGCCAGACAUUUGAUUAUCAAAACCAAUUCAUAUUACAAUUAAUUAUUUUCAUCAGGUUUACAUUUGAAAUUAUUUUUAUUUCAUUUGCAUUGAUAAAGGUUUUCAUUUUCCAGGGCUAAUAUUUAAUCUGGUAUGUAAAGGAAAAGCAAAACAGAUGACUGAGUUUGCUGAUGCCCCAAAGUUUCUAUCAAGCUUUGGUCAAGAUCUAAUGCAUUAAAUUUGAGUGGCAUUUUAA